AUGACAGUUGGCUGUAAACAAUUAUCUGUCAUCAAUUGUACUCCAAAUAUCGGUCAUAUUCAUUUAAUUGACAUUACUACGAAUGAUCUAUCUGUUGUGCUUGACACAUUUAAUCAACAAUUAGUUUCAAUAACAACCACAAUUGCAUGUGAAAUAUUAACAUAUCAAUAUCGUUGCUUUAUAGGAAAAAAUAUAUUUAACAACAAAAAUGAGAAAUUAGAAAAAAUACAUAUCUACUCAAAACCAUUUCAUUAUCGAUAUCAUCUGAAUCCAUUUGGUAGUGACCAAUGUCUUUAUAUUCGAUAUUUAACAAUAUCAUCAGUUAAAUGUAUAAAUGAUCUUCAUCUUAUAUUUGAUCAUUUUCCAUCAUUGAAAUAUUUGAAUAUCAAAGUUCACAAGGAGUACACUGGUCAUAUUAGUCCGUCACAAUUUCAAAGUUAUGACUAUACAUUAUUAAAGUAUAAAUUACCAUUUUUAACCGAAUUUAUAUUAGCCACAUCCGAUAAUAUAGAGUAUGAUAAACUUGACAAUAUAAUUAAAAAUCUUAUUCAUUUAAAAUCCUUAUCAUUUGAACACGACAGUAGACAAAUAAUAUACAGGAAUUUUAGUGAUAAUAUUAAUGGUGGAAAAUUAGAACAAACAUUAUCACAUUUAAAAUAUUUGGAAAAAUUAAAUUUCAUCAUAAAAAUUACUCAUGAUCAUAUAAAAAGCAAUUAUAAUAUACUUUCAGACACGUUUGAUAGUAGUUACUGGAAAAAAUGGGGCAACGUAAAAUGUUUUAGAAAAACUGAUGAAUGGAGAAAAAGAAUAAUACUUGUUGUUUGUAAAUAA